UCCGACGGCGCGGCCCCCGGGCCGGUGGCGCCGCUGUGCGGGGCGCUGAGCCUGGUGCUGGGCGCGCUGCUGGGCAAAGUGAUCGAGGGCCGCGGGGUCGCCGACGCCAUCCAGAGGCCCUCCUCGGUGCCCCCCUACCUGCCCGUGACCUUCCGGGUCCUCCGAGCCGAGACCUCCUUCUUCCUGCGGGAGGCCCACCCCGACCCCGCGCACAACUCCAGCCUGCGGUCCCGCGUGGGGCACUUCUUCACCCGCCGAGCCCCGAGGCCCCCGCUCCUCAAUGCCACCUACGGGCCUUUCUCUGCGGAGAAGGUGGUGCCUCCGGACCCCACGCUCACCUCGAACUCUCUGGGCCCGGCCGAGAAGUUCGGUUUCGACUGGAGGCUGAAGGCGCACGUCCUGCGGGACAGGAUCGACGCGGGCCGGCCGGCCGUGCAGGUGCUGUUCCACGCCGUGGGCCGCGACUGGGGCAGCGCCGUGGAGCUUUACUACACCGUGCACCCCGGGGACGGGCGCGGGGACUGCGCCGACGGGGACCCCAGGAAGGGCAAUGCCAUCCGCCCGGGGCGGGGCGGCCCGGAGGACUCCACGUCCCACCUGCGCAGGAUCGGCGCCGUGGGCCUCUACCGGGCCCAGGACAGCGGCGAUCGGCUCAGCGAGCUGCGCCUGGACGGCAACGUGGCCAUCUGGCUGCCCUCCCGGCCGGCCAAACAGGGGGAGGUGGUCACCGCCUACGUCACCGUGGCCAGCAACUCCACCCUGGACCUCUUCAUCCUGAGAGCCAAGGUAAAGAAGGGGGUGAACGUCCUGAGCGCCCGGAGCAGCGAACCCCGGCAGUGGGACGUCCGGCAGGAGCUGGGGAAUGGCGGGAAGCACACCACCAGCACCCUCGUGUGCCAGCGCCUGGCGCCCAGCGCCCGCAACAGGAGCAGCGGCUUGCUCAACGAGGUGGCGCAGGUGGACUUGGAGAUCGCGAGCUUCAGCAGCCUCUCGGGCACGCAGCCCGUCACGUGGCAGGUGGAGUACCCGCGGAAGGGGGCCUCGGAGGCCGCCGUGGCCGAGAUCUUCGUCAGCCAGAAGGACCUGGCCGGCAUCGUCCCCCUGGCCAUGGACACGGAGCUGCUGAACACGGCCAUCCUCACCGGGAAGACGGUCGCCUUGCCCAUCAGGGUGGUGUCCGUGGAGGAAAACGGCGCCGUGACCGACAUCUCGGAGUCGGUGGAAUGCAGGUCCGCCGAUGAAGACGUCAUCAAGGUGUCUGACCGCUGUGACUACGUCUUCGUCAACGGCAAAGAGAUGAAGGGCAAGGUGGAUGCCGUGGUGAACUUCACCUACCAGCACCUGAGCGCCCCCCUGCACCUCACCGUGUGGGUGCCCCGGCUCCCGCUGCAGAUCGAGGUCUCGGACACAGAGCUGAGCCAGAUCAAGGGCUGGCGGGUCCCCAUCGUGGCCAGCAGGAGGCCCACGCGGGACAGCGAGGGCGAGGAGGAGCGGCGGGCCCGGGGCUGCGCCCUGCAGUACCAGCACGCCACCGUGCAAGUCCUCACCCAGUUCGUGUCCGAGGGCGCCGGCCCGUGGGCGCAGCCCAGCCUCCUGCUCGGGCCUGACUGGCAGGUGGACAUCACCCACCUGGUGGCCGACUCCAUGAAGCUGGAGGAGCCCCGCGUGGCCGAGCUGCAGGACGGCAGGGUCCUGGUCGGCCGGGAGGUCGGGAUGACCGCCAUCCAGGUGCUUUCCCCACUGUCCGACUCCAUCCUGGCCGAGAAGACGGUGACCGUGUUGGAAGACAAGGUGUCGCUGACGGACCUGGCCGUCCAGCUGGUGGCCGGGCUGUCUGUCGCCCUCCAUCCCAGCACAGGGGAGAGCAAGGCUGUCACGGCUGUGGCCACGGCCGAGGAGCUGCUGCGGGCCCCCAAACAGGAGGCCGUGGUCAGCACGUGGCUCCAGUUCAGCGAUGGCUCGGCGACGCCCCUGGAUGUCUACGACGUCAAGGACUUCGCCCUGACCGUCACCUCCCUGGACGAGGCCGUGGUGUCCGUCCCCCAGGCCCGCUCCCCCAGGUGGCCCGUCGUGGCGGCUGAAGGGGAGGGCCAGGGGCCGCUAGUCCGCGUGGACCUGAGCAUCUCCGAGACCUGCCAGAAGUCCAAGCGCAAGAGCGUCCUGGCCGUGGGCGUCGGCAGCGUCAGGGUCAAGUUCGGCCAGAGCGACGUGGACUCCGGCCCCGCCGGGUACGAGGACCAGGGCGAGAUCAGAAACCACGCCAGUGACCGGCGGCCAAAGGGCCCAGACCUCGAGCGCGCGGGCCAGGACGGGCACGCCCAGGGCAGCUCGGCCUGGGAGCGAGAGGAGGGGGCCCUGCGCAGGGGCGGCCCCACGGCCAGGUCGCUGCUGGACAACAGGGUGGCCAAGAACAGCCGGCUGGAUGGGGGCCGGCCGCCCCCCGAGGGGCAGCUCGGCCUGAGUGACCUGCAGAUCGGCAUGUACGCGCUGCUGGGCGUCUUCUGCCUGGCCAUCCUUGUCUUCCUCAUCAACUGCGCCACCUUCGCCCUCAAGUACCGCCACAAGCAGCUGCCCCCCGAAGGCCAGGCCUCCGGGACCCACUCGCACGACUGGGUGUGGCUGGGGACCGAGGCCGAGCUCCUGGAGAGCGGUGGGGAGGGGUCCCCGCCGCCGGACGAGCACACGACCAUCAUAGACCGCGGCCCGGGGGCCUGCGAGGACAGCGGCCACCUCCUGCUCAACGGGGGCUCCCAGAAGCUCGUGCAGGGGCAGGCGCCCAGGCCCGCCGAGCCCGGGGUCAGGGACCAGAAGCGCGAGCCCCUGCCCUCGCCCACCUCCAGGAGGAAGAAGGUGAAGUUCACCACCUUCACCACCAUCCCCCCCGAUGACGGCCGCCCCAUGGUGAACUCCAUCCUCAGCGGCCACGAGGAGGACAUCAAGUGGGUCUGCCCCGACCUGGACGUGGGCACCCCCCAGGAACUCAGAAACUAUCUGGAGAAAUUCAAGGACAAACCAUAGGCCCCUAGGGCCAAAGGGCCUCGUGCCUGGGCCCCUGGUCACUCCCAGAGUAAACCUGGGCCCCCCGGGUGGUGAUCGGGAGUCACGGGCGAUUAACAGGGAUGCACCAGGGCCCCUUAUAGAGCCGUUGGACGUUUUGAAGCCGGGAAGGGACCUUUUUUGUAAUGAAAGAUUUUUUAGGGGUCAAUGAGGGCAGGUCUCCGAAAGUCCGUGGGAGGAACUCUGGGAGAACGGCUGACGAGACGCUGACCGCGCCAGGCCAAAUUAACACGGUCGUUUCGAGUCGAAGUAUAACACAGUCGAGCUACCAAAAAUGAUUUGUUACAAAAAUGCAAAAAGACAAAUAAAAAGAGACAGAAAUAACCAUCUGUUUAUAUUUCUAAUAAAGGAGCGUAAUCUGAAAUUA